AUUUUGUUUUUAGGAAUAUGAACAAAGUGACAACGAAAUUGGCAUGAACUUAUUUAUCUCGUAUUGUUGAUACUUGUUUUCAAGUAACAAAAGCAGUGUUGCCAGUUGUUGGUAGUGUUUCUCCUGAAGGUCUUCUUCCUGAUAUAACUCCUACACCAGUUGAAGACAAUAUUGAUGGCGGUCCUGACGACGGUUGGAAUGAGUUACCUGAUGCCAUGAAAUCACUUGUAAUGGAUGGAAAUAAUUCGGAAAAUUUAAUGAAAUGAAAACUAGAGCACUCGCUCAGACUGUUCUGGUAUGUUGUUGGAGAAGUGCUAAAGAAUCUGCUUUACUUUUACAAGAAAUUACUUCUUCAUAUGUUCCUCUGGAUAGUUCAAACAAAUCAUCAAAUGGUGUACUGUCAUGGAAACAGUUGCAAGAUAUUGGAGAUCAUUUACUUAAACAACUGAUGGGAGCAAGACAUAGAGGAGCAUUUGAAAUUGCAUAUUCUGCAUUUAAAACUUGCUGUGCCAGGUUAUGGAGUAUCGAACAUACUGAAUUGAGUUGUAUUCCUGAGAAAUGGUUGCACAGUAUACUCUUAGAUAUUGAAGACCCGUCUCGUUCAAAAGAUCUUUGUGCCACAAGGAGAAGUGCGGGACUACCAUUCUUCAUUCAGGCUAUCUUAUCUGGAAACAAAAGUACAAAAGGAAAAAAACAUCUUUAUCUUGUUAUGUCUAAGUUAUUAUCACUGUGCAAUAUAACGGAUGAAACUUCUCUGGUACCAAAGGUUCAUUCUUUGAAUGUACUUCGUGGUUUGAUAAAAGAUUCAUCAUUAGGAGAAGAAAUAUUACCAUAUGUAUCUCAAUGCACACAAGUUUCUAUAAUUGGUUUUGCAUCGUCAGUGUGGGCUGUCCGCAAUUCAUCAACCCUUCUCUUUUCUGCUUUGGUGACAAGGAUAUUCGGUGUCAAGAGAGAUAAAAAUGAUUAUUUUUGUAUGAAAAAUAGGUUAUCUGCUAAUGAAUUUUUCUCGAGACUACAGGGGCUGCAUUCAUUUCUUCUCCAACAACUUGAAAAAAUUUGCAACAAUCUUGAUAAAGGAAGUCAUCAUGCACUCUGUCCAACAUUACAUCCGAUUCUCCUGCUUUUAUCAAGAAUAUAUCCUUCUACUAUGCAACCAACAUCUGGAAUCAGUUUGACAGGAUUCAUUCCACUUUUGAUCAGAUGUAGAGCUUCUGCAGUAUAUAAAUCACGAGUUUCUGCAGCCGUUGCAUUAGCAAGUGUGUUGACCUGGGAUCGAAGAAUAAAUGUAAUGAAAAUAUGCUGCGAUAAUUUGAAAAAUGAUGCUGUUAUUGUACAAGGAAAAUCAUCAAAUAAUGAAGGAAUAUUUUCUUCUGCGCAAAAUCGUAUUCAUGGUGGUUUGUUGCAGAUCAGUGAAAUUCUAAAUAGUGAGAUUCGCUAUAACCAGCUCUCUACUGCCAACCUGCGUAUACUGAUUGAUCUUGUCAUUUCAACUUUAAACGAAUUGGCAGAAGCUGUUGUAACCAAAAGAAACAAUUGCCCGCUUACGAGAUCUACAGCUGUCCAAUUAUUUAUUUUUAUUCGAGAUUUGAAAACUGAGAAUUCAUUCAAAGAUACAAAUGACUGGAAUGAGUUGGUAGCUGUGAUCAAACAUUCAUCUUUAUUGGAAUUGGAAUCAGUUACUCGUAAUAAUAUGUUCGAUAUACCUGGAUAUUCGUUUCUUCUUCAAAGUAUUGCUCAAGUUUUGGUUUUGCUAUGUUCAAAUAGGCUUUCAGAGUUGCUACCAUUGUUGGAAAAAGUGUUUUCCACCGUUAACUAUGAUAUCAUAGAGUGUGUUGUCGGGGACAUAGUAAAAAGUUGGGACAAGGAAAUUGCAGCUUCUUUCAACAGCGAAGAUGCGAUUCAGUUCGAAGAGAAAAUUGUUCAAUAUAUGAUGGAACGACGCUAUAAUUCCAAAAUUACAGAAUUGAUGUACGAUAUAUUGAACAAACUGCCUACGUGCUUCAGCGCUAACAAGUUGUUUCAACGUUCAAUGGAUAUUUCGGAAUCUUGUAACCCAUCACAAUCAUCGUAUCUCCGAACUCUAAUCAAUUUUCAAUCAAAGUGUAUGAAACAUCUUCUUUCAUCUCAGUCGAAAAUGCCUCCAGAUUUUUCUGUUAUUGUUGAUAAAUGGAUCAAAGUACUGUCGUCUGCCUGUCAAUCAUACGAGAAUUCCGAUGACGUCAGAUUAGCUGUAGCGAAUUCAAUUUCAGAGAACGCCGAAGAGGUUUUACUUGACCCUGGAAAUAAAUUUGGUUUCAAAAGCGUCGAUGCUUGGAUUGUCGUAUUCACCCUACUGUGUGACGAAGAAGUUGACAUCCGCAAGGUGGCGUCCACCGCUAUUCAUCUUGUAUCUUCAGAGGUCGGAAAAGAAAAAGGCUAUCCAAGCGUUGACACACGCGCACUUCAGCAAGCAGCAUUGACGCUUAUUUUGACGCACGGUAGACGUCACACUGACGCUUGCCGUCACGCUCUGCAAAAUUUGGCGAGAAGCCAAUCCAAAGAAGUCCCAAUCAGGGUCACUGAAGUAUACGAUCAAGAUGGCAAGACGAUAAAAACUAAAUCGCAGCAUAUUCACAAACUCCCUGGACUCUUCGAUAGAAGUGAGACCAACACAUAUCUGGACCCCGUAGAGGUUUCACGGAUUGGAACAAUUGGCUUAUCCGUUCUGGAUGAUUUCCUGGAAGAACGGUUGCCAGUAAAUAACAUCGAAUCACAACAAAAGAUUUUAGAUCGGUUUCACAUGAAUCAACGCUUUUUAGCGAAAUAAAUUGUUACAUUUCAAUCUUAGAUAUAUAUGGCUCUACAAGACGCAUUUCAUUGCGUGAUCUAACCAUGCACUCGGAAAUAGAGUGCUUAUGCUCAACUAAGAAUUAUCAAAUGUUUUGAAAUCUGGCAUCGUUCAAUUAAUUUUCACAACGUUGCUCUGCUAAACAAUCUCCGUCGAUCAUGUUUUUUAUAUGUGUAUUUUAGUGCGUUUUAAUGCAAAAACCACAAAAAACAUGUAAAUGUAAGGGUUUGUAUUGUGUGAAGCACAUCGCAAGAGUAGUGCUAACUAUAAGUAUUGUUUUGGAGUUAUAGAAACCAUUAUAUUAAUAUUUGUAGUGAUUCAUUCAAAAUUAUUCGUAACGAAUGAAAUGGCUGUGACACAAAUCCAGCAUAAGUCUUGUCGAUUUCAAGUCUAAAGCAUUCAUGUUAUUCUGUCUUCAUAUAUUGAUAGUCUGUUCCAUUUUUUUGAAGACCAUGUCAGAUUUUCCUUAACGCCGUUAAUAUUAUUACUAAAUGGAGGUAAAUGACAAUGCAAAUUCAUUACUACAUUCUCACAAAACAAAUUUACAUAUUUGUAUAUCGAAUCUAUCAUUAUUAACUGAAGUACAUAAUUCGGUGCAAUUGUAUCAACUUUUCUAAAAUUUUAUUACGUCUUUCGAUAGUAGGAUUUGUGUUUUGUGCGUGCCUGUUUUCAAUAAAUAUUAAUAAUGAAAAAAAAUUAUUCUUUAUCGAUACAUGAUUUUUCUUCGUUGAGUAGUGCAGUGGUUGGACUAGAAGGGCAUUUGACGCCCAUAGUAACCACUACACUGCUGAGAUUCUACCGGCAGCAAUUUCAGUUUCAUCCUACCAGAAUACCUGUUUUACGUUGAAAGGACUGCGCUGAAGUAUUGUCUAUUCAAGCCUAUUUUUAACAUUUUUGAUUACGUUGCCAUGUGAUUUAUCCCCUUUCCCUUCAAUUGUUUACGGCCUUCACUACAAAUUUCAAACCCCGUGCAUCGAUGAUUUCAUAUUCAAAUCUAAUAUUCUUUCUUAUAUUAAUUAAAUAUUGUAAUUGUAAAUUUGAAAUGUCAAACUAUUCGGGUGCCUUCUCUUUGCAAAGCAUGAUGUAUUCGUGUUUGUUCUUCGCCUGGCGUUUAUAAUAAAAUAAAAAAAAUACAAUACACUACAGCUCGAAUUUAUUUUAUGAGAUGUUAAACCAUCUGCUACAGACGUUUAUGAAUUUUAUAAAGUUAAUAAAAACACCCACUCGUCCUUUUUAUUAUUUACCUACGAUUUAUUUAUAGAUUUUAACAACGAUAUCUAACCAGCAAUUAUGCUCUUGAAAAAAAGAGAAAUUUAAACGUUCAGUCAGCUUUAGAGAAAUCAAUCUUUUAUGUUUGAAUUUUUCAAUUGGUAUUGCUGAUAUUCCUAGCAGUACCAUCCUUAAAUAAUGCAAAAAAAAAACCAUGCCUUGACAACAGUCUCUCAGGUUGGCAAUAAAUCUUAAAUAAAUUCAUAUUAAAUAUUUCGAAUCCAAUUUUUGAUUCAGUCAAUGUUCAAAUGUCAAUAAUGCGGUCUGUUCAGUUUCCGAGUAGAUAUUUUAACUUCUAUAUUUUUUACGAUCCGUUUUGUAGAAAAUAGGCCAUGUUAUUGUAGAAAGUUUUCGAGUUUUGUAUUAAAUUCAAUAAAAAAAGUUGUUAA